AUGACGAUGCUUUCGCAAGUCGGACUGACAAAGACUCUACCAAGCGUGGGUGCCACUCGUUUGAUGCUGCAGGGAUCGCGCGGAUUUCAUGUGGCUCGUCCGUUGGCAGUGGAUGCUAGCAAGCCAUGCUCAUUUGGUCGUCCCAUGACCUACCCGGGUGGCUCGUACAUUAAGGGCACAGUAAAUGACCCGGCUGAAUACCCCAAGCCUGAUGCUAAGCAUGGUUCAUACCACUGGGCUUUUGAACGUCUUGUUGCCACAGCACUUGUGCCCAUGUUCGCGGUUGCGACUGUGAAGCAUGGUGCAUGUGGUGUGUUGGACGGCGCUUUGAGUGCCACACUUUUGUUGCACACUCACAUGGGCUUCGGCCAGGUCAUUGUUGACUACAUUGACAAGCGCAAGUACCCUAAGAUGGGUCCUAUGUGCAAGUGGAUAUUGCGUGCUGGCACUCUUGCUGCUGCUGCUGGUCUCUAUGGUAUGUUUUCUUUGAGUUUCGUUUCCUCUGUUUGGUAUCUAACUGCGUUCAGAAUUCAACACAAGUACGUUUGCGCAUGGUUUGAUCCGAGGUGGACAAGCUCUGCUCGUGUGAUUCUAUCUGUGCUAAAUACUAACCAACGCGUUUGUUACUUUUCGACGCACUUUACCUACACAGACGACGUUGGCAUUACGGAGAUGGUGGCCAAGCUUUGGACUGCAUAG